AGGUACUGGGUCUGUAGCAGCUCGGCUGAAACUCACAAAUUGUCUGAUUUUAAAACUAAUUGUUUCUCCGCUUUGACUGCAGGCUCAUUUGGUGAGGUGAUGAGUGUCAUUACAGUCCAGUGUGUGAAAAUGGUGACAGCCAACAUGUUACUGAGUGUCUUCUUUGUUUCAGGUGCUUUGGCUGAUUGUUCUCAACACGUAUCCAUUACUGCACCAAAGAACAUAGAAGCACUGAGUGGAUCUUGUUUGCAAAUCCCAUGUACCUUUACACCUAAACCAGACAAAGACUUCAACGGCGCAAGCACAUUUUUUGGAGUGUGGAUUAAAAGUGACUCCAACUUUGUCUCUAAUCCAAACAAUGUGAUUUUCAACAGUAGUAAGACAGAUAACACCUACCCAAUGAAUAUCACUGGAAACCUGAGUGAGAGAAACUGCACCACUUUAUUUUCCAGUUUAAAAACAAAUUACGCAGACACAUACUACUUCAGAAUUGAGAAUAGUGCAUACAGGGCAACAGCUGUUUGUGAUCGUCUUCAAAUAACAGUUAAAGAUUCUCCUCUGAGCCCCAGAAUUGAGAUCUCAGGUGAUCUGAAGGAGAAUGUGUCUGUCACUAUAACCUGCUCAGCUUCCACUCCCUGUCCACACUCCCCUCCUAAACUCACCUGGAAUCUCCAACAACACCCUCACAACACAACAGAGGAGAACACAAAUCGAACCUUCACAACUAAAAUCCGGGAGACCAUCACUCUGUCAGAUAAACAUGAUGGAGUCACCAUCACCUGUUCUGCCACAUAUCCUGUGGAUGGAGGAAACAAUAAGACAGCAGAGGAGAGAAAGACUCUCAAUGUUUCAUAUGCUCCCAAGGACACCUCAGUGUCCAUCAGUCCAUCCGGUCCGGUGUCAGCAGGUAGCUGGGUGAACCUGACCUGCUCCAGCAGAGCCAAUCCUCCCAUCAGCCGCUUCACCUGGUUCAAGACCAGCAAACAUGGACCCAUCAAUGAGUCUGAAGGAGACUUUUACAGCUUUAAUGUGACAGAUGGAGGAGUUUAUUACUGUGUGGCCACAAAUGAUCUUGGUAAUGGAACAUCAUCAAAGAUCCAUCUGACUGUUGAAGGAGAUAGCUUAAUACGAUGGGGGGCAGUUACUGGAGGAAUCAUUGGGAUCAUUGCACUCAUCUGCCUGGUCGUCUGUGUUUGGCGUUUAAAGUCGACACAUUCAACUGCACAACAGACUCAGAGUCAAACAGGUGAAGAGCUUGUUGUUGCAGAGCCAGCAAGAAAAGCAGAAGAAGAAGACAUCCAUUAUGGAGAGAUCGACUUCUCCAAGCGGAGACCUGGACUGCCCUCGGCCUCAAAGCAGGACAGUGGACAGCAGCAGGAUCCACUGUAUGCACAGGUCAAAGUGUCCGAGACAGCAAACGUCCCAGAGGAUCUCUACGCUCAAGUGAAGAGAAAAUGAGUAUUGUCGAUCACAUUUUGAUUGGAUCCAUAAUAUACCUUUUUUUUUAAAUCUAUACAAGUUAUUUUAUGUAGAAAUACACAUCUGGCACCUGGACAGAAAAAACCCAUCUUCAUUUCACACAGUUAAGGGGAACUCAAAACCUCCACAUCCUGCAGCUCAGAUGGUUUUGUCAGUCAUCGUAGUAUCAUAAUUCAUACUUGUGAAAUGACCUAUUUCAGCUGUUGCUGUGUGAUUAGUAAUCUGCAUAUCAGAUCAGUGCAAAUAUAAGUCACAAAGCUCUAAAUAGGGAAGUAUUAUAAAUAACAACAUGAGAAAGAAUUAUAGUGACCUUAAUACAAGGGCAGUUCUGUGCACACAUUACCAGUGUAGGACAAGAUUGUGUUUAAUCUGGAAAGGUUUGUGUAAUUUACAGAUCAUUUUUUACAAAGCAAGUUUAAUCUCAUGUACUUAUCUACUGUGUUGUGUCUACAUUUUUAUUUGUACUUGAAUGACUUCAAAAAUGAACAUAAGACAUUGUUUCUGCAUUUUAAGUCAUUUAUUCAUUGCACUGUAAUAAAAACCUUGGCAGUUGAAUCACAAACAUUACAAAAGUGGCAAGAUGGAUGAUGCAUAGUAAUUCCCACUGGAACUGUGCUACAAUGUUUUAAGUAAUUAAUUGACUUCUGAUAUGUAUUUGAGUAUCAGCUCAAUUCAAAUUAAAGGGCACUUCAUGAGAGUUCA